GUAAAAUGUCCUUGAGCCGCAUCCUGCCUGUGGAAAAAAGCUCUCGGUUUGGUGUCGUUCAACUAUGUAGCGCUCAUCAUACCGCGGGAGCGGAUCGUCAUGUUGGAACAAGGCCUGAAGAGCUCGACAACCCAUCGUUCUUUCAGAAGAUUGUCCUACGUUUUAAAGGAAUCCCCUUGAAAGGCGAGCUCCAUCCGCCAAAAUCGAUCUUUUCUGAUUGUGGGAAGGAAUGGUUUGCUCCAAAGCCACUUCCAGAAGUACCAAAGGAUUAUAAAGAGCAUCCUGAUAGGGACUUGGUUAACUAUCCUUAUCCGAGUCGACCUAUGUAUCCACCAAAGACUCGUCUUUUGAUGAUACCAGACUCGUGGUUUACUCCGUUUCACAAAGUAACUGGUGUAUCAGGGCCAUACUUAUUCUUUGGUGGUUUUUUCGCAUUCCUUGUCAAUAAGGAACUGUGGGUGUACGAGGAGCAAGGACAUAUGGUCGUUGGUUGGAUACUGUUCUAUCUUUUGCUGUCAAGAACUAUUGGAUACAAGCUCGAUAAUUGGCUUUACGGAGCGUACCAAAAUCGUAUGAACUACUAUAAAGGACUGAUUGCUGAUGACCUCAAGGACGCUGUUGAGUUCCGAAAGACUUCGGCUGCUGAAACGGAAUCGCUUAAAGCUGUUAAAGAAUCUUUCCCGGUGAUCAUGAAAGAGAAUAUGCAGUUGCAGCUUGAGGCCACUUACAGGAAGAAUGUGCAAAACGUGGCGACCGAACUAAGGCGUCGUCUUGAUUACCUCAAGGAGACGGAGGAGACCAAAAGACGUUUCGAGAGAGAACAGAUGCUAAAGUUUAUUAGCGAUGGUGUGGAACAGCAAGCAUCCGAGAGAUCUUUCAAAGAUCAGUACCUUCAGAAUGCAAUCCAGACAUUGAAAGGCCUUAAAGUUGAGGUCUAA